UAGCACAAGGAGGGUCUUGACGACCGUGACGAUGCAAAGGGCUGCACGUGGCGAAUGGCCAUCCGCGACGGGGCGCGCGGGUGGGUGCCCCCCAAAGGCUCCUGCCAAGGCGCCUGCAGUCACGUGCUCGCCGCGCCCGGCCCGCGCGGGCCCCGAUGUGGGAAAGGUUCCCCGGGAGGCCCGUGGCCAGGCCUGAGCCCCCGCCGCCAUGGCCAUCGUGCACACUCGGCCGCUGCCCCUGGAGCCCACCCCUGAGGCUGCCACAGCCCCCCACGCCCCAGCCAUGGGCAGCGUGAGCAGCCUGAUCUCCGGGCGGCCCUGCCCAGGGGGCACGGCGCCACCACGCCACCACGGCCCCCCAGGGCCCACCUUCUUCCGCCAGCAGGAUGGGCUCCUGCGGGGCGGUUAUGAAGCGCAGGAGCCUCUGUGCCCGGCUGUGCCCCCCAGGAAGGCUGUCCCCACCACCACCUUCACCUACAUCAACGAGGACUUCCGGAGCGAGUCCCCCGCCAGCCCCAGCAGCGACAUCGAAGACGCCCGAGAGCAACGGGCACGCAACGCCCACCUGCGCGGCCCCCCACCCAAGCUCGUCCCGGUCUCUGGGAAGCUGGAGAAGAACAUGGAGAAGAUCCUGAUCCGCCCCACGGCCUUCAAGCCUGUCGUGCCCAAACCGCGAGGGGCCCCGUCUCUGCCCGGCUUCCUGGGGCCUCGGGCCGCCGGACUGUCGGGGAGCCAGGGGAGCCUCACCCAGCUGUUCGGGGGGCCCGCCUCCUCCUCCUCUUCCUCUUCUUCCUCGGCUGCUGACAAACCCCUGGCCCUGAGCGGCUGGACCAGCGGCUGCCCAUCGGGGACGCUCUCUGACUCCGGCCGGAACUCACUGUCCAGCCUGCCCACUUACAGCACCGGGGGCACCGAGCCAGCCACCCACUCCCCGGGUGGCCACCUGCCCUCCCAUGGCCCUGGGCGGGGGGCACUGCCAGGGCCCACCCGAGGGGCCCCGACCGGGCCCUCCCACUCAGACAGUGGUCGAUCUUCGUCCAGCAAGAGCACCGGCUCCCUGGGAGGCCGGGGACCCGGGGGGCUCUCAGGAGGGGCCCCUCGUGCCUCCCCCGACAGCAGUUCCUGUGGGGAGCGCUCCCCCCUCCCCCCGCCACCACCACCGCCACCUUCCAACGAGGCCCUGCUGCACUGUGUCCUGGAAGGGAAGCUCCGUGACCGCGAGGCGCAGCUCCAGCAGCUCCGGGACAGUCUGGACGAGAGUGAGGCUACCAUGUGUCAGGUGUCCGAAGAGCGGCAGCGACCCUGGCCGCGGGAGCGCGAGGCCCUGCGGGAAGACGGUGCCGCCCAGACCCAGCGGGCCCAGCGGGCCCAGCAGCUGCUGCAGCUGCAGGUGUUCCAGCUGCAGCAGGAGAAGCGGCAGCUGCAGGAUGACUUUGCGCAGCUGCUGCAGGAGCGGGAACAGCUGGAGCGACGCUGCGCCACCUUUGAGCGGGAGCAGCGGGAGCUCGGGCCUCGGCUGGAGGAGACCAAGUGGGAGGUCUGCCAGAAGUCGGGCGAAAUCUCCUUGCUGAAGCAGCAGCUGAAGGAGUCGCAGGCCGAGCUGGUGCAGAAGGGCAGUGAGCUGGUGGCCCUGCGGGUGGCGCUGCGGGAGGCCCGGGCAGCGCUGCGGGUCAGCGAGGGCCGGAUGCGGGGCCUCCAGGAAGCGGCCCAGGCCCGGGAGCUGGAGCUGGAGGCCUGUUCCCAGGAGCUGCAGCGGCACCGCCAGGACGCCGAGCGGCUGCGGGAGAAGGCGGGGCAGCUGGACACCGAGGCGGCUGGCCUCCGGGAGCCGCCCGGGCCGUCAUCGUCGUCAUCCUCCUCCGGGGCCGCAGACCCCUUCCUGCUGGCCGAGAGCGACGAGGCCAAGGUGCAGCGGGUCGUGGCCGGGGUCGGGGGCAGCCUGCGGGCCCAGGUGGAGCGGCUGCGGGGAGAGCUGCAGAGGGAGCGGCGGCGGGGCGAGGAGCAGCGGGACAGCUUCGAGGGGGAGCGACUGGCCUGGCAGGCUGAGAAGGAGCAGGUGAUCCGCUACCAGAAGCAACUGCAGCACAACUACAUCCAGAUGUACCGGCGCAACCGGCAGCUGGAGCAGGAGCUGCAGCAGCUCAGCCUGGAGCUGGAGGCCCGGGAGCUGGCGGAGCUGGGCCUGGCCGAGCCGGCGCCCUGCAUCUGCCUGGAGGAGAUCACUGCCACGGAAAUCUAGGGUCGGCCGGCGCUGCAGGGAGCUUUGGGGUCCACCCAGGGCCCCAGGGCCCACCAGUGGUGCCACUAUGGGAUCCAGCCUUCUGCUUCUGCCAAGCGUGUGGGGCUACCCUGUGGCUUGAAGGAGCCAGAGCAGACCCCGUGAAGGUCCCCCGUGUUCACGGUCACCCAGAGCUACACCCCCGUGUCACAGCCCCGGCUGCUGCCAGUGCCACUAC